CCCCAUACAACUGAACCCUCCAAAUAUGUCUUUCGAGCUCAAAAUUAUGUUAAAUAUUCAUAUCUGUAUCUCAAGCCUUUGUCGAAUUUCAUAAUGACAUCCCCAACAAAUAGUAUGGGGAUCGAUCCAUACUUGCCAUUUGUUUCCAUAUAAAUUCUCUUUCAGAAAAUGUGUUGUUUUGUUAACUCAUAUAGCUUAAAUAUGUAGGAACCAAUGUAGAACUUAAAAACUGGUGUAUGGUAACAUAUGGUUGGCCACUCCAGACUAUAUUUUCUUACUUAUUUUUAUUGCAAAUAUAUAAAUUACUUUUACUACCAAAGUCAUAAGUCGAAAAAUCGACUUAUCAUUAAUUGCAAAGAGUUGACUUUUUUCAACUAUAAAACCCUACUAUGUGUUGUUGUAAUUCGUAUUACUUUUCAACACUGGAUAUAUAUAAAUAACCACAUAAUCUAUAAACAAUUGUAAACAUGGUUAUUUUUCAACAAAUUUUGUUUUUGUACAGAUAACCCGAUAAACAGUCAACCGUAAACAAUAAAUUUAUAAAAUAAACUAAAAAUUAUAUUAAAUUAAACCUAAACUCGAAUUAAACUUAAAAAUGAGCACUAUUCGUAAUGGAAUUCGCAAAAGAAAAAGAGAAAAUGAAGUAAAGAAAUGGACAGACGAAGACAUAAAAAAGGUGUUAUGCUAUAUGCAGGCUCACCGAAAUAUUGAGAAACCAACAGCCCGUAUGUACUAUGAAAAAUUGUUGGAAGAAACAAAACUCGAUGCAAAUUGGAAUAUAUUAAAGUGUAAAGUUCGUUAUCUUAAGGGUACUUUACAAAAAGCUGAAUCUUGGAGAAGAAAAGCAGGUGUUAGAAUGGAGAAUGGUGAUGGUGCGAGUUCUGUUAAAGAUAAGGUUGUACAAAAAAUAUGCCCAUAUUACGAACAGUUAUCGGACAUAUUUAUACUUGGUAAGGAAAUAAAUUAUGCUGUACUAGAUACAUCAUUCGAUGAGGCCAACUACAUUUCACAAGAUGCAACUGACAUCAAAGAUGAGAACCAUGAAGUAAGUGACGAUGCAUUCGACAACAGUUCACACGAAGCAAUUGAGAUCAAAAAUGAGAUCGUUGAAGAAAAUUACGAGAGAUUUGACUACAAUUCCCCUCUUGCUAUCGACAAUAGAGAUGAGAGUCUUGCAACAACCUCCCCGGCAAUAGCAGCUUAUAAAGUAAAGCCUAUAGCACAAAACACUUCCCCCGACAAGUUGACCGCUAUAGAAGUUGAGCGUACGAAAUUUUGGGAAAAGCAACUAAAAUUAGAAACAGACAAAUUUGAGUGGGCGAAAGAGGUGGAGAAGAAAAAACUAGAGAUGGAUAGAAUUAGACUUGAAAAUGAAUUUCAAUUAAAAAAAUUAGAAUUGGAACAAAAUGAACGGAUAAAAAUGUUUGAAAUUGAGAUGAAAUAUAAAAAUAAAUAAAAUAAAAAACGAUAUUAUAGUUUUUUUAUUUUCAUUUAACUUAUGUAUAAAGUUCCUUUUUUCAUUAUAUUGAUUACGAUAUUAUCAAGGUUAAGGACCUAAACUUUAGGUUAAAAAGGGUUAUGCGCCAUAAAAAGCUGCAACUCCACUCGGAGACCUAAGGUCCAUUGUGAU